AUGCCAUCCUUCUUCAAGCGCUUCAAGGAUAAGGAGAAGGAAGCCCAGGCGGAGAAGGCCGCCGUCGAACGACCUGCGACGCCACCACCAGCCUAUGGCGAUGCCAGCCAGGAUCUUUCUGCGGUCCCUGACCUCGACGACGCACCGCCGCCGUUCAGCGUCAGCGGGACGAGAGAUAUCACGGCUGCAUUUGCUUCCCUCAAGCUAUCGACCCAGAACAACCCUGAUGUCGACUCGUGCCUGGCCCAUCUGAAGCUGCUGCACGCUAUUCAGACCCUCAAGGAGGAAAUUGGCUACACAGAUGGCCUGUGGGACAUUUGGGACCACCGUGCGGGACCCAAACUGGACGACGCUGCUGGGUCGAGUGCCGUGUCAGAUCAGCUACACAUUCUGUCCAUCAUCCGCGAGAAGCGAUGGGCGUUGUACCUUGCGCGGGCUGUGGACCGUUACGAGGCUUGGUGGACCUCGCUUCCAAACGAUUCCCUGACCGAAAAGGAUAUGGAGACCAAGGGCAGCCUCAAAUAUGAGAGGUUCCCAGAGGGGUCAGUUGACUUUCCGUGGACGCAAGACAAUCUUCCCCCGAUUGACGUUCUCAUGAUCUGGCACACCCACAUGCUCAAUCCAAGAGUCUUCCUUGAGGAUGCCAUGAGACGUGGACUCAAGGCAUUCUGGACAACAGGCAUGCCAUGGGCCCAGGUCAACAUCGCCAUUGACAACAGUUUCAACUACACUGUCACGGAUGAAUGCAAGGCCAAGUGGGAGCGUACAACGGGGAGGGCAUGGCUGAACCAAGACGACCCCAAAUUCAAGUCCCUGGAGUGUCCGGCUUGCCACAGCAUAAUUGAGCUGCCGUGGACGACAUGCGGCCUCCCAGAGCUGUACAAGGGAGUGGCACGACCUGGCCUCCACGGCAACGGUUUUGGAGACGGCGAGUUCUCGCAAUUUUGCACGGAGGAAUGUGGUGUGCCCAUUGACAAACAUAUUUUGCCGGUGGCCAGGUUCAUUCGCGACGCCAAACUCAGCGUUGAAAACUCGAUACCCAUGCCUGGAUCUGUUCUAGACCCGAAGUACGGAACGCCCAAUUGCACCCAGGCUCCCGAAGGGGGCUACCCGUUGGCGGAGCUGAGCUUCCCCGAUCGUCUUGCCAAGGCUAUUUAUCCUCAACUCCGAGAAUUGAUCAAGCCAGGGAUGACCAAGUCACAACUGCCAACCAUGAAAGACGUGGCAAACAUUGUGGGAAGCACCAUCAAGGAUGAAGAGAAGCUGAGGAGUUUUCAAAACCCAAACAACGUCAAGAUCGAGGCCAGGCCAGGCAAGCUGAUCCCACGCGAAAGUAUACAGGAUACGGAGCGGUACCAGUGCCGCAAGAUGAUGGGCCAGUACUGGCAGAACCCUUCCAUGUUUGGUCUCGACCUUGCUGCUGGCGCUAUUCGUCAGGGGGUGUUCAUUGACAAGAUGUACAAGAUUGAUUGGCUCCAUAGCCCCUCAGCACGAUCGACAAUGACGCGACUCCUUCAAAAGUACGACCGCUUUUUCAUGAUCAUGCUCACCAUGCCUGGCCACAUGAUAGUGCCGACUCUCGAUGUCGACCUUGCGUGGCACACGCAUCAGCUGGCCCCACGGGCUUACUACAAGUACUCGACGUCACGUACAGCGGCAUCGCAAACGCAGCACGCGAAGUUCAUCGACCAUAAUGACAAGGUGGAAGAGGGCGCGCUCGGCGAUGCGUUUGUGUUUACAUGCAGGAAGUAUAUGAACCUGUUCAAUGAGGUUUACUCGGAAUGUACCUGUUGGUUCUGUGAAGCGGUUCGCGAUUUGCAUUCGUCUGCUGGUUUCGCGAAGAGGUCCAAGGCCCAGAAAGCCAUCGAUGAGCUGCACAGAGUCACGCCUCCUCUGACGGAUAAAUCUGCCAUGCCGCACAUGUCCACCCACAACGCGGUCUCGGCAGUUGAACAGGAAGCAAUUCACUGGCGCAACAGGUCUGUCAGGCAACAUUCUCGGCACGUAUGGAACUUCCGCCUCAAUGAAGCCUACACCAGGGCUGCUGCGCGUGCGAAGCGCCGAGGCAUCACGCUGCCGCCCAAGGAGGUCUAUUACAACCACUGGGGCAAGGACUACUACAUGCUCGGCCCUCACGUGGCUCCCACAUACCUCAAGCCAGGAAUUUACUACGCUGAUGACCCAGGGAGGAUGCCCAUGGGCAAGGAAGCGUGGGCACAGUGUGCGCAGGGGACGUGCGGAAACAAUGACAUAGCGGCUGGAGGCUGCGGUGGACCUGGAGGCUGCACACAGGCGCCGGGAUACGUGGAUGGUAACCUAGCUGCUAAAGCCGGCAACGACAAGUGGUUGGGCGGCCAUGUCUUGGCUGGUGGAGGAGGAGGAUGUGGUGGCGGUGGAGGAUGUGGCGGAGGAUCUUGA